UUUAUCUUUAUUCUGUAGUAAUUCAGUUUUAACUCGUAGUGCCGCUGUUGACCAUGAUGUCAAAUAGCAGUUUGUUGCUGCACAUCCCAGCAUCGCCAUAAUGAAAAGGACACGACACGAUCAGAGGACCGCUCCAGUUCUCUGAUUGUGUGGUAAAGGAAACACGGAAGAUUGGAGCUCCGUUGUUUUUAAAGGAAACAAAUUCAAGUCGAUUGUGGGACUGGGAUUUUAAUUACUCUUACUGGAUUUAUUAAAAAGGAAUUGCUCUGGAUUUAAACUCAGACAACAAUGGACAGGCAAGUGACGCUGCUCAUCUUUCUCCUCUCCUUUGGCUUUGUGCUCGGGCAGGUCAGCUACAUCAUCCCAGAAGAAAUGUCAAAAGGAUCUUUAGUUGGUAACAUAGCUCAUGAUCUAGGUUUACAAAUUAGCCGUUUAAAAUCGGGAAAAGCGCGGAUUUUUACACCAGACAGCGAGGAGUUCGUGGAGCUGAACAGAGAGAGAGGAGUCCUCCUCGUUAAAGAAAGGAUCGACAGAGAGGCGCUCUGCAAACAGACGACACCCUGUGCGUUACAUUUUCAGAUUAUUCUAGAAAACCCCAUGGAGUUUUAUACUGUCACAAUUCAGGUUACAGAUAUUAAUGAUAAUCCACCUAUAUUUGGAAAACGCGAAAUGAAGUUUAAGAUCAAUGAGUCGGCGGUGAUCGGAGCUACUUUUGUUCUGGAGAGAGCUGUGGAUCUGGAUGUCGGCGUUAAUAAUCUGAAGAGCUACAAUCUGAAACCAACUGAUAAUUUCGCUCUGAAGCUACACAACAGCGCUGAAGGAAACAAAAACGUAGAGAUGGUUUUACAGAAGCCUUUAGACAGAGAGAAGCAGGAGCAGAUCAAUCUGGUGUUAACGGCUGUAGAUGGAGGAGAGCCGCAGAUGUCAGGAACGAUGCAGAUUGUUAUUACAGUCUUAGACGCUAAUGAUAAUGCUCCUGUUUUUACACAGAAAACAUACAAAGCUACAGUUACUGAAAACUCACCUAAAGGCACCGUUGUUGCUACAGUUACAGCAUCAGAUGCAGAUGAAGGCUCUAACAGUAAAAUAACAUAUUCUAUCACUAACGCGUUAGAAGAUAUCAUUAACAUAUUUCAAGUAAAUGAGAAUAACGGUAAAGUUACUCUAAUAGGAAAUACAGAUUUUGAAAAUUCGAGAAGCUACCAGAUACGUUUGCUUGCUAGUGAUGAAGGAGGACUCACAGAUUCUUGUAAAUUAAUCGUUGACGUGCAGGACACGAACGAUAACAGCCCUGAAAUAAAGAUCAUGUCCAAAUCCACUGUUAUAUCAGAGGAUGUCAAAUUAAAUACAGUUGUUACGAUGAUCAACAUAAAAGAUAAAGACUCUGAACAAAACGGAAAAGUGAAAUGCUCCAUAAAUGAGAAUGUCCCUUUUAUUUUAACAUCAUCCUCAAAUAAUUUCUACAGUUUAGUGAUGGACAGCGAGUUAGACAGGGAGAGAGCCUCUGAGUACAACAUCACGGUGAGCUGCUCUGAUGAAGGAGUGCCCUCCCUCUCCAGCAGCGUCACUCUCACCUUACAGAUCUCUGAUGUGAACGACAACGCGCCUGUCUUUGAGAGGAGCUCAUAUGAGGCCUACAUUGUAGAAAACAACACACCAGGUCUCUCUAUAUUCACAGUGAAAGCCACAGACGCUGACUGGAACCAGAAUGCCCGUGUUUCUUACAUACUGGAGGACUCCACCGUUAACGGAGUUCCGGUCUCCUCAUAUGUGUCCGUUAGUGCUGAUAGCGGGGUCAUCCACGCAGUGCGCUCUUUUGACUACGAGCAGAUCAAAGACUUCCGGUUUCACGUUAAAGCGCAGGAUGGAGGCUCUCCUCCUCUCAGCAGCAACGUGACUGUGAAAAUACUGAUCCAGGACCAGAACGAUAACCCCCCUCAGGUCCUGUACCCGGUCCAGACUGGAGGCUCCGUGGUGGCUGAGAUGGUGCCUCGUUCAGCAGAAGUGGGCUAUCUGGUGACUAAAGUGGUGGCUGUUGAUGUGGACUCUGGACAGAACGCCUGGCUCUCCUAUAAACUGCAGAAAGCCACAGACAGAGCGCUGUUUGAAGUGGGCUUACAGAAUGGAGAAAUCAGAACUAUCCGUCAAGUGACUGAUAAAGAUGCUGUGAAACAAAGACUGACUGUUAUAGUGGAGGACAACGGCCAGCCCUCUCGUUCAGCUACAGUCAUUGUUAACGUGGCGGUGGCGGACAGCUUCCCUGAAGUGCUGUCGGAGUUCACUGACUCUACACACGACAAGGUGUACAACGACAACCUGACUUUUUACUUAGUCUUGGCUCUGGCUGUAGUUUCCUUCCUCUUCAUCACCUGUUUGGUGGUUAUCAUCUCAGUGAAAAUCUACAGAUGGAGACAGUCUCGCAUCCUGUAUCACUCCAGCCUCCCUGUCAUUCCAUAUUAUCCACCACGUUACUCAGACACACUGGGGACAGGAACUCUCCAACAUGUGUACAACUACGAGGUGUGCAGGACCACUGACUCCAGAAAGAGUGACUGUAAGUUCGGCAGAGCUGCUAGUCAGAACGUGUUGGUAAUGGACCCCAGUUCUACAGGAACCAUGCAGAGGAUGCAGGGUGAGAAGAGCAUCCUGGAUGAGCCUGACUCUCCUUUAGAGGUUAGUUAAAAUGAUCCACAUACAUUUUUUAUAAUAUUA